GAUGAGGGGACGCGAACGUCGCAGCUUUGCGCACGCGAAGCCUCACCUGAGUCGAUGCGCCUGCGCCGAGCGGUGAAGCAGGGGCGACUUGGUCCCCGAUGGAGGGUUCUACGCAUGUGCGGCGGAGUAUGCCAUUUUUGCUGUUGCUGUGGGGGGAAUAAUGCUCCCCGUUUUCAUUAUUCCCCUUGGUAUGGUCUAGAUCUGGAGUCUCGUGCAAUGCACCACUGGGGGUGCAAAGGACCGGUCCACAAACUAGGGGAAGCUGGUGCAAUGCGCGGGGGGUGCUAUGGUCUGGUGGGCGAUGGAGCAGCCCGUGUGCCUCGUCGCCAACCCUGCCGACGGGGAGCUGGAGGUGAUGGAGGAGGCGCUGGAGGCCCUGCGCGGCGUGGAUCAGCCCGUGGUGGUGGUGGCCGUGGCUGGGCUGUAUCGCACCGGCAAGUCCUACCUCCUGAACCAGCUGGCCGGCAGGAGAACGGGUGUGGAAAAGUGCAGCUCCGAGCCAGCCGGGCAGACACACUGGGCGGGAGGGACCCCAAGCGGACACCACGCCGGACAAGCACCCUCACCCCAGGGCAGGUGUGGGAGAAACGCAGCUCUGAGCCAGCCAGGUGGACCCACAGCACAGGAGGGAAACCAAGCGGACACCGAGCCGGCCGGGCGCCCUGACCCCGGGCAGGCCGCCCCCCCCAGCGCGAUGGAGAUCCCCAUGCCGGCCCCCAUCUGCCUGAUCGAGAACAGCCCGGCGGGGGAGCUGCGGGUGCAGCAGGAGGCGCUGCGGGUGCUGGCGGAGAUCUCCCAGCCCGUGGUGGUGGUGGCCAUCGCCGGGCUGUACCGCACCGGCAAGUCCUACCUCAUGAACCGACUGGCCAGCAAGAGAACGGGGUUCUCGCUGGGCUCCACCAUCCAGUCCCACACCAAGGGCAUCUGGAUGUGGUGCCUGCCCCACCCCCACCCCCGCCGGGCCGGCCACACCCUGGUGCUGCUGGACACGGAGGGGCUGGGCGACGUGGAGAAGGGCGACGGGAAGAACGACACGUGGAUCUUCGCGCUGGCCGUGCUGCUCAGCAGCAUCCUGGUCUAUAACAGCAUGGGCACCAUGAACCAGCUGGCCAUGGACCAGCUGCACUACGUGGCGGACCUGACGGAGCGCGUCAAGGUGAGCGGCCGGCAGGAGGGGGAGGAUUCGGCCGAGUUUGUGCAGUUCUUCCCGGCCUUCGUGUGGGCCGUGUGGCAUUUCACGCUGCAGCUGGAGCUGGACAGGCGGGAGAUCACCGAGGACGAGUACCUGGAUAAUGGCCUGAAACUAAAGCCAGGCAGCAGCCAGCAAGCCCAGCUCUACAGCCUGCCCCGCGAGUGCAUCCGCCAGUUCUUCCCGGGCCAGAAAUGCUUUGUCUUCGUCCAGCCAGCCAGCAGGAGGGACCUGGCCCCGCUGGAGGAGCUGCAGGAAGUCGAGAUGGAGCCCAAGUUUCGGGAGCAGGUGGCCCGGUUCUGCCACCACAUCUGGGAGACGUCGAAGCCCAAGACCAUCCCAAGCGGCCACGUGGUGACCAGGGCCAUGCUGGGGAACCUGGCGGUGACCGACAUGGACGCCAUCCGCAGCGGGGCGGUGCCCUGCAUGGAGAGCGCGGUGCUGGCCCUGGCGCAGAUCGAGAACUCGGCGGCGGUGGGGGAGGCUGUGGCUGCCUACGAGGAGCAGCUGGGGCUGCGGGUGGUGCUGCCCACGGAGAGUGUGCAGGAGCUGCUGGAGCUGCACGCCCAGUGCGAGCGGGAGGCGCUGUGGGCGUUCUUGGCACGCGCCUUCAAGGACGACGACCGCCGCUUCCAAGGGGAGCUCAUGUGCCGCCUGGAGGAGCAGAAGCAGGACCUCUGCCGGCGCAUUGAGUUGGCGCCCUUGGACCGCUGCAUGGCCGCCCUGCUGGAGCUGUGGGACGAGCUGGAGGACCGGAUUGGUGAGGGGGUCUACUUGGUGCCUGGGGGCUACCAGCGCUUCCUGGACGACCGGUGGCAUGUGGUGGAGAGAUACCGGCAGGUGCCAGGGAAGGGGGUAAAGGCCGAGGAGGUGCUGCAGGAGUUCCUCCAGUCCAAGCAGGCCGUGGCCCAGUCCAUCCUGCAGACGGACGAGGCCCUGACGGAGAAGGAGAAGGAGAUGGCAGCCGAGCGAGCCCGGGCCGAGGCGGCCGAGCAGGAGCAGCAGGUCGUGCAGCAGAAGGAGGCUGAGCUGCAGCAGAAGCUGGAGGACCAGGAACGCAGCUACCAGGAGAACCUGCGGCAGCUGGAGACGAAGCUGGAGGACGAGAGGAAGAAGCUGCUGGAGGAGCAGGGCAAGAUGCUGGAUCAGAAACUCAAGGAGCAGGAGGCCCUGCUGAGGGAGGGGUUCCAGGAGGAGGCUGGACGCUUGGAUAGAGAGAUCCGGCGCCUGCAGAAGCGGAGCGAGGAGAUCCAGAAGCUGUCGUGAAUCCAAUCAGCGCUGGAAGUUCUGGCCAACGUGGCCCCCUUCGUGCUACCUGGCUUGGCUGGCAAGGCCGCCGGAGUCGUCAGCAGCUUCUUCCAGGGGAUAGUCUGAGGGCAUCCCGCUCACCUCUGUACCCCAGCGCCCUGUUCACCUGCGGAACCCCCCACCACAGGACGCUCCGCCGGCGAGCAGCUUAGGAACGUCCAGCAGAGCACUGGCUAGUUCUGACUGCAACGCCGGGGGCUCCCAAUCCCCAAGCUUCGUGGCCUGGGGUGGCCCCCCUGCUGGCAAGGUCAGGGAGGAAUAUCUCACCCCACAGGGCCCUGCAGGGAGGGUCACUGUGGGAGACGUGUUACCUCAAGAUUCAGAGGACGUGUUGGAGAGGGAUACCGGGAUGGGUGGGGUUCUUAGCCUGAUCUGUGAGGCAGGACCCAGGUGAGGUGGCCACCAGACAACCACACCUGGAGCUGAGGCAGCCUUCUGCCCUGGGUACCUCCCCAGCUGCGGGCCGAAGGAUGGGAGCUGGUGUGAGUGCAGGAUGCCUCUCUGCCUUUAAACUCUGCAAUGAAACAAACCUCCCUCCCUCA